AUGAAAAAGUUGACUCUGAAGUGGUGAAGGCUUUGGACAGUGACAUCGAAAUGACCGAACCACCCAAGAGUCCUGAAACGCACGAGGAGCAGAAUGAAUCUGAAGUGAUUCUGAAUUCUGAAUUAAAUAUGAACGAAGAUUUGUCUCGCACUAAAGACGUGGGUCUGGAGGAGGACGGGGGCCAUUUCAACAGAAAUAAAGAUGCCCAGAUAGGGUUUGAAGACACUGAGGAGAUUCAGAAGGGGCCUCAUGCUAUUUUGGAGAACCCAGUGGACAUUGGCUUUCACUUUGAAGUGGAUCCAUCUUCAGGCUCACUGGAGUCUCCAAGGGUCUCUGAUUUCCACGACACUGAAGCAAGCAGUGAUUCCUCCAGCUCCUCAACUUCAGAUGAGCUUUGGGGGUUUGUGCUUCUCGUCAAAGAAUAUCUUGGAGUCCGCUCACCAGGCGUAACCAAUCAGAGGCCGCCGCUAGCGUCACAUGACCAGAGUGGACGCACUGCUCUGCGCGAGAGAGACUUAGCUCAGCGAUACAGCUUAAAUAUAUAUUCGCAAAGCGUGUCAGAGCGGCUUUAUAUCAGAAAACACCGGCUUCCCGAUAUGAGCCAACGGUCCGCCAUUUAUACCGUGUUUAUCGGCUUCAACCGCCGUCUCUGA